AUGGCGGCAAUGGCAGUAGCGGAGCCAUUACACAUCUUGACGCCGCGGAGGCCUAGAAUAAAUUCGUUCCGGAAAUGUUUGAAGAAACAGGAAUGCAUGUGUACUGCGCAUCCCCUCGAAAUGUCGCCCUCGAUCUCGUUUGGGGAAUCGUCGGUUGAAGAGUCUAUGUCGGUGUGCUCCGACUCGGACAAUAGUGUAGAUAGCUCAUAUAACGAGUCCAUAGUGUCGACGGCGCUGACUGAGUAUUCGUUCAUGUCGACGUCGCUUCUGGCAUGCUCGCUGUUGAAGCAGACGGCACUACGGCUGCCAACUACGUCUCCAUCGGUGUUUACCACUUUGGCAAAUGCCAAGGCGACCCCGUACGCAGUGAGUGUGCGACCCACGCAAAGUAAGCUUCUGAAGUUGUUUCGCCUGAAGGAGAGUCUGCUGGCAGACCCUCUCCCGGAGCUCAAGCGGAGCUUGUCUUCAUUAGCGUCUUCUGUUAAUACAGCCACACUGGCCAGUGAGUCUGGCGAAGGGAAUUCACCCAACUCCAAAUGGCUUCAUUGGAAAUUAUUGCGGAAUGGAUCGGCCAAUGGGUCUACCAAUGGCUCCAGCGAUAAUUCGCUGUUCUCGGCCCGGAAACUGUUCCUGGCCCUCUUCAUGAAUUACUCCAUGCUGGGCCUUCUGGCAUUAUCGUCCGUGGGUCCCGAGCACUCCGAUCCAAGCGUGCACAACGACCUCUUUGACGAGCCCUCUAAGAACUUGACCGUGGAGGAGGAGCUCAUUACCUACUCUGAAUAUAGCUCUGACAGCCCUGACGUAUCCUCUUACAAUGGCAGUAGGGCACGCAAUAGAGAGUAUCGUAUUAACUGCGACUUUCUCAAGCGCUACGCGCUCGACUAUUCCGCACGCGCCAACUUCCUCUUACCUUCAACUAUUGAAGAUGUAGACAUCAUGGUUCACAAGGGAAACUUGAGUCGAUUUGAUACUAAGUACGGCUUAGCACGGAUCUCCGAUAUGUCGCGUGAGAAGCUCUGGAAUCUGGUGGUGUUGCUGCCUCGUGGCGACGCUUUUCCGGCGCAGUGCAUCGAUUCCGACAACUUUGUGUUAGAUGGCGAGGCUGAGAGCAGGUACAAGAGCAUUGUUGUCAAAAAGGGCAAGUACAUUCCUUGGGCUGCCCACAAGACAGGUCUCAAGCCCGCAGGCGUCCUCCGUGGCAGCAAGAGUCUCAGAAGUACCAGUUCUCCCACGUUGGGUAAAACCGUUGCCCAGUACACCAUUAAAGGCUGGUGCAACGAGCGUUGGAGUGAUAUUAGCGCCCAGUGA